CUCAGUUUUCAGUAACUGAAUAGACAUCAUGUCUCGAGCACGGCAGCCCCCGCUUGUAACUGGCAUCUCUCCCAAUGAAGGCAUCUCAUGGACAAAAGUGACAAUUAGAGGAGAAAAUCUGGGGACUGGGCCUGCAGACCUCAUAGGUUUAACCAUCUGUGGGCACAACUGUCUGCUAACUGCUGAAUGGAUGUCUGCCAGUAAAAUUGUGUGUCGAGUUGGACAGGCUAAAAAUGACAAGGGAGACAUUAUUGUUACUACAAAGUCUGGUGGCAAAGGAACUUCAACUGUUUCCUUCAAACUGCUUAAACCUGAAAAAAUAGGUAUCUUGGAUCAGUCUCCUGUCUGGGUGGAUGAAAUGAACUAUUAUGACAUGCGCACUGAUAGGAACAAAGGGAUUCCCCCCUUGUCCCUACGUCCAACUAAUCCCCUUGGUAUUGAGAUAGACAA